CGUCGUCCUCCUCCCGGUCUCAUCACCGGGCGGGCAGACGGACAGACGGAGAGGGGGCACACCGAGCGGCGACCAUGGAGCUCCUGUGCGGGAUGUUUUUUUGGGGCAGACAAUAAGGGGUGUAAACCCUCCAGCGGGCUCCUCCGGUCUGAGGCUGCUUCCACCCCCACAGCCCCGUUUGUUCGCAUCUCCGUGACAGCUGAGCGCCCCGGGCGGAGCCUGAGGUUCCCACGGCCCCUGAGCGACUUGACACCGUUGAAUAGGCCAGGCAGGAAGCGCGUCCUUCCGUGAUAGACGGCCACCAUGGAGCUGAGAUAGCUUCUUCCUCUUCGCCUCACCAAUCACGCCUCUUGAUGCAGUGCAGCCAUGGGAACAUGGCGUGGUCUACGAGUGGCUUUCAUCCUUGGGUCUUUGUUUAUGAUCCUGCUCAUCAUUGUCUACUGGGAUGACGUCGGAGGCUUCAAACUCUACCCCCUGCAGGACCCCAAACACGAGUCGCUUCCCUCUGGUUGUUGCUCCCAGCUGACCGUGGGCCCCCCUCAGUCUGUGACCACGAGCAGAACCCAGGCCAGGUUCAGCUUCAAUGUCUCCACCACCGCUUCCAGCACUACACUCAGUCCAAAAGGAGCAGCUCAGACACACACAGAGGAGGAGGAGGGGGAGGAAAAACAGGACCAGAGGAAGGAGGAAACAAGGGGGGAUGAGGAGAAGGAGAGCAGCCGGACCUCUGCCGACGAUAGGGGACAAGAAACGAGGAAGCAGAGGAUCAUGGACGUGUGCUCAGGAAGAGGCGCUGUGGAAUUCCCCGGAAGGACUCGGGCUUUUGAGCAGAUCCCCAACAGGGAGCUGGAUCACCUGAUCGUGGAUGAUACGCACCAGAUUAUCUACUGCUACGUUCCCAAGGUAGCGUGCACCAACUGGAAGAGAGUGAUGGUGGUUUUGUCUCAGUCUCUGAUCUCACCCUCCUCAGGAAAACCUUACACUGACCCAGAGGCUGUACCUCCUGACCUCGUACACAACUCCUCUCUCCACCUCACUUUUGCCAAGUUUUGGCGCCAUUAUGGUUCUCUGUCCCGCCACCUGAUGGCAGUCAAGCUUCAGCACUACACCAAGUUUCUGUUUGUACGAGACCCUUUUGUGCGUCUCAUCUCUGCCUUCAGGAACAAGUUUGGAAGGCCCAACGAGGACUUCUACAGGCAGUUUGGUUCGGUUAUGCUGCGUCGUUAUGGUAAUGUGUCUGGAAGUUUGCCAGAGACGGCGGCUGAGGCGUUUGCAGCAGGAAUCAAACCGACAUUUCAUCAGUUUAUCACAUAUCUGCUGGAUCCCGAGACGGAGAGGGAAAGCAUCUUCAACGAACACUGGCGGCAGGUGUACCGUCUGUGCCAUCCAUGUCAGGUGAAAUAUGACUUCAUUGGACGACUAGAAUCCCUGGAAACAGAUGCAGAGCACCUACUGAAGCUUCUGGAGGUGGAUGAUCUGCUACGUUUCCCUUCAGGGGCCCGAAACCGCACUGCAGCCAGCUGGGAAAGAGACUGGUUUGCACAGAUUCCCAUUACGACACGAAGAGAACUGUACAAGCUGUAUGAACCGGACUUUGAGCUGUUUGGCUACCCCAAACCUGACAGCGUGCUGCACCGGUAGACCGUACCGAGCCAAAGGCCUGGGCACUGCACUGUGUGUGGAGCCCACUCCUCGCCUACCUGCACACAGCCAGCACAUGCCUUUAAAGACCAGUCUGUGAUGCUGUUUGUUUCAUUUGUUUCGUGCAUACCUCAAAUGACAGAAGUGCCUGCUAGUAUUAUUUUCAUUUUGUCAUCAUUUCAUAUCAGGAGCGGAUCUGCUUAGAAGUUAUCUUGGUCUGUUUUCCCCAUGUGAAGGCACUUUGAAAAGUACUUUGUGAAUAGUACUGUAUUUUGGUAAGUCGUGGGUGAAGGACUGGGCCCAACAGCUAGGAGACAUUUCUGAAGGGAAAUACGUUGCAAAAAAAUAAAGCAUUUUGUAAAUGUUU